UUCAGUGACGACGUCGAACUGAUGAUUGGCAGACCAGCUCCUCUGUUCUUCAAGAUUACAUGGUGUUAUGUCACCCCAGCCAUGCUUCUGACAACUCUCAUCUUCACCUUCCUUCAGUACCAACCGCCAACAUAUGGCAAGUAUGUGUACCCCUAUUACAGCACCGUAAUUGGCUGGAUCAUCGCAGCGCUUCCCAUGAUACCUGUCAUCUUAGUGAUGACCGUUGCUGUUUACAAAGCCAAUGGAAAUCUCUAUCAGAGAGUCAAGAAGUCUCUUGCACCAGAUGCAUUCUGGUGCCCAGCUGAGAAAUCCUACUGUGCACAGUACCUGAAGAAACUUAGAAAACCUUCAACCCUCAAAGAUGCCUUCAAAUCGUCAUUGACAUGCAAAUAAUAAUGCCUACUUACUUAUGCAACAUAAGUGGUUGUCCUACCAGUUACAUACGAGUUUUUGACGUUUCAUAUAAACCAGUCCUGUACGUUCUAGUGCAAAGGACGAGGUAAGAUAAGGGUCCUCUUUAGCCCACUGGAAAUGUGUAUUAGUAAACGUGAUAAUAAAAAUGGCAGAUUUUUCAUACUUGAAAAGAUAAUCUACCUAGAACCAGGUCCGUGACCCAAGGUGAUAUGUUUUUCAAUAUGUUUGUACCUUUUUUUAUAUCUGUAUCUAAAAAUCAGCUUGCUCAUGUUCAAAUAUUAGAAAUAUGCCACUUAAAACUUCAAAAGUUGGCAUUUUGGACCCAUUAAGAUUUACCUCUACAUGUAGUUGUGUCAUUAUUCCCAAACAUGCACUUGCUGACAUGAUCAGCCAAUGUCAAAUUCAUAUUAAUAUCAAUAAAUCAACAUAUCUGAUAACUCUCAAGCUGAAAAAUGUGAUUUACUCUUAAGGGCCCAGCCUAGCAUAGUAAUAGUCCAAACUUGGUUCUCUGCAUGCUUAGCGAUUACGAUGUAUAUCUAUCCAGCAGCUUACGUUUGACUUCAGUCCUCAGAGACAGUUUAGAUUUAGACUUAUAAUGUGUCUGAGACAUGUCCAUACUCCUUAAAUGAUCUCUAAAUCAUUCGUAUGCAUAGCUAUAUGUGUAUUGUAACUGUUAUAUUCAUAUGCCCUUUAUUUUAUAUAGAGAUUACAACAUUAGUGUGUAUCGUAAUGAUAGAGCGUCUCUCUCGCUGGGGAAAAACAAAAUUAUGACACAAAUUUGUAAAAUCUGCAGGAUAAUAAUAUUUUUAUAAUAAUAUAUUUUAUCAAUCACAAUCUCUAAAACAAUCCCAUUUGUGGUGCACCCUACCGUGAUACUGCUUGAAUAUAGCUAAGAGAGACGUAAAAUCAUACUCACUUUUUAGCAGCAGCGAAUAAUGUAGCUGAUGUGACUAAAGUAGUGUUUUUCAUGUUUCUGUGUUAACACACAGCCACGUUGAUUAGGCGCAGCAAUUAGCUCUUCGGAGUUGAGUCUCUUAUGCGUGCCCGAAACCUAUUACCGUAGGAUCGAACCCCGUUCUGAGUAAAAAAAACAACAUCACUAUAUUACCGUUGACGACUGUAUAUUGAUAAUCUAAAGCUGACAAAGCUUACGUUAACAAUGCUGCAGUUGUGGUGAAUUAAAUAAUGCGCUUCGUUAAUGUGUAAAAUACAUACAUGUAUGAACAAUGUUGAGUCUUGAAUCUAGAUCUUUUUAGAUAACACAUUCCUAUUGUCACCUGUUUCUUAGAUAAUGUUACAGAUUAAUUCAUUUAUA